ACAGAGUCAUACAUCCGCCGUUCUAGAAACAGUCGAAGCCAGCAGGAUAUCUAUUGUACACACCCAAGCCAAAGCUCACAUCUGCAAACGGUUGCAAAAAAUCGAAAGGCUCUUGUGCGACUUGCAGGCGAGCUUGUUGCUCUAAAUUACAGUAACCCAGAACUACAGCUACCUGCAGAACAGCAAAACAUAGAGAAGGAAAAGUCUCGAAUUCAAAGAAUCACAACUCAAGGCAUUAAUCGAAAUUCCCUCCUUGGCUCCGUGUAUGCAUCUUCAGGGUAUCAAUUUACUGCUGGUAGCCAACGCCUAGAUUGGGCUCUAGUCGAAAUUCACAACGCAGUCCCCUUGACGCGUGCCAACAAAGUAGAAAACCGCAGUACAGAGACGCAGCACAUGAAGUUUCGACGGAUUCUACAUGCCGGCAAACCUCCAUCCAAUGGCUUUGUGUACAAACAGGGAUCGACAACGGGCCUCACUAGCGGUGUAAUUAACCCGGUUCUGAGCUAUAUUGCCAGUUAUGAUGCUAAUGGCAAUCGCAAAAUGACAGCCGAGCUUUGCGUUAUACCAGAUCGCGGCUUUGAGCGUUUCGCAGGUCCUGGAGAUUCUGGAUCACUGGUGCUGGAGUGCCGCACUGCAAAUGUUGUGGGAAUGGUCUUUGGUGGUCAUUUGGACUGUGAACCGGCGUAUUUCUCGUCGAUCUCUGCCAUGGCAAAAGAUAUCCGCAAAGUGACCGGGUUGGAUAUGCAGAUUCCGGGUGGGAGCCUCAUAAAACGUCUUCAUUGA